UUGUCUUUGACAUUGACAUUUUUCAUUUGCAAAAGUUACCUAUAUUUUACAGCUGUAGAUUACUUUGUUUUGCAAUAACAAUGGAUAUUAUUGAUAAUGAUAUUAGGCAAUGGGACGCUAAUGACGUGAAGGAACAGUUUGGCGACAGUCUGACGCUUUUGCCUUCUAACGAUAACAUAAAAGAACUGCAAAGCAUUCUACGAGACAAAAACACAUCACGCAGCGACUUCAAGUUCUAUGCAGAUAGGUUAAUCCGUCUAGUCAUUGAGGAGAGUCUUAACAAACUGCCAUACACUGAGUGUCAGGUAGUGACUCCUACUGGAGCGUUGUACAAGGGACUUAAGUAUGGUGCUGGGAAUUGUGGAGUGUCCAUUGUUAGGUCCGGAGAGGCUAUGGAACAGGGCCUCCGAGAUUGCUGUCGGUCUAUACGCAUUGGUAAGAUCCUAGUUGAAAGUGACACGGACACCCAUGAGGCUCAUGUGGUGUAUGCAAAGUUUCCAGAGGACAUAUCCCGCAGGCAGGUCCUGCUCAUGUACCCUAUCAUGUCUACUGGCAACACUGUUAAACAGGCUGUAAACGUUUUAAAGCAGCAUGGAGUGAAAGAGGAGCGUAUAAUCCUAUCAAACUUGUUCUGCACGCCAGCAGCUGUACAAGCUGUAGUAGACUAUGUUCCCAAGAUGAAAAUCCUAACCUCAGAACUGCACCCAGUCGCACCAAACCACUUCGGACAAAAGUACUUCGGGACAGACUGAUACGAGGAUGAGUUUGAGGUCUAGAUGCAGACCUUGAACUGUUUUGCUUGACUGUUGGGCUAGGAAUUUGGCUAGGAAAAUGUUGCUUACUGUAAUUAAAAGGUAUAAAUAUGUAUGAACUGCUACAAGUGUAUUUUAACGGAAGGUACUGCAUAUAAAUUAAAACAAAAAGUAAAUAUUCGUUCUAAGCAUUCACUACUAUUGCCGGUUAAGCUACUAUUUGUGGAUUAUAGUAAAAAGUAUUCUAAGCUCUUAUUAUUUAGAAGUUAUAUAAAUUGUACCUAGGACAAUGAAUAUUUUUCUCUAAUAAAUUUAGUAUACAUAAAAAAAUAUAUUUAAACAUGUGAAUAGCCAAUCAAAUGAUGACGUUAUUUUAAUGUAACGUGUUGAAAAUUACAAGCGCAUUUGUUUAAUCGAGAAAUUACGUCAAUUUUAGUGUGCAUUUAAUUUAUGAGAAGCAAUCUUUUUUUUGUUUAGCGCAAUAGAAAAUAGUUCCUAUUUUAAGUUCAUUGCAAUUAGUAAAUUAUUGGCGUUAUAAUUAGUUUUUAAAAAAAUUGUCGUGAAAUGAUAUUUUUAGUUAAUUUUUUAGGAACCAAUGUUUGUUAUUCAGUAUUCAGAAUUAAAUAUAAAUUUAUUUUAUAUUGCAUUAAAUUAAACUAUCGAGCUUAAUAUUGUCAAACCAAAAUGAUCAUUCUCCAACGAGUAACGAAAUAACAUAAUAUAGUCUACUACCUUGCAACUAAGUGCAUAAUUGCAAAUGAAUCUGGAAUUAAUUUUAUUUAUAAAAUUUACGUAGGUGCUUAGCAGAUUGUAUACGGCACGAUAAGGGUUUAACCCGUGAGGUAGCUGAAUGUUUGCCGGCAAACAUUGACAGCUACGCGUGUGACGGAAAAAUAACCUUAUUAUGUAGUAUAUAUGUAGUAUAUAAGGUUAUAAUCCCGUGACACACGCAAAUGUCAUGUAGCUGUCUUGGCUCGCCGGCGAUUCACGAGAGACCAAGAGUUAAGGUUGCAGACGUCAAAACAACCUGCAAGCAAAUUGUAUAUAUCAAGCUAACUGAUUGGAUUUUUUUUUAAUUCCAUUCUAAAAAAUGCUUAAUUAAUUCUAAAAUUAAUAAUAUAAGGAUCGUUUUUUAUCUCUUAAACACUUGCAGGCAUAACGACUACAAACUCAUUGAAUAAAUAUUGAUAAAAAUAUAUAGUAAUUUUUGUGGACGCGACGUAUUGAAUAUUUUGAACAGUUGAAAAACAUUUAUUUUAUGCUAAUUAAAUAAAAGCUACUACACUAAAAUUAGACCUUGGCCGUACUUAAUAUGAGAAUUCUAAGAGUAGGUAUUUAUAAAGUAAACGUAAUAAUUUAUUGUAAACUACUUAUGAACCCAGUACUAUAAUACAAGCUUUAUUGUAAACGCUAUAAAUAUUGUAAAAAAAAAACAUUGUAAUUUGUAACCUAAUAAGGUUCGCGCACUUGCGCCGCAUGCGCAAACUUAUAUUCCGUAUGAAACACGCGCUACGAAUGAAGAGUAGGUACAUAUAUUAUAAGCUAUUGUUUUCAAACGAAAUUAUUUUUAUUGGAUUAAUCAUAAUUAAGCUUGUAAAUGCAUAUGUAGCGAAUUUAGAGAUAACUCUCAAAGCAGGUUUUCAUUUGUAAAUAUAAAAAAUUGGAAUAAAGCUUUGCCUAAUGAAACAA